AUGUUCUGUUCGCCAAACUGCUUUCCCUACAUUACAGUAUCAAGGAGCGUGCUCGUAACACCAUUACUACCAGCUUCGCCUUCAGUAAUCAUAGUUACCGAUAGAUCAAGCCGUCUUUGCUCCGAUAACUCCACUAGAACGAUACUGGCCGGGGAGCCAAAUGUGCUAACAUGUACAGCAUCGCAAGCAAGACCUCCUGCAAUCCUUAACUGGAUUGUACCAGAUGAUCUUACUUCCAACCAACAAGAUCAGACCGAUGUCGUUAAAGGCAACAGCUACACGUCUCAAAAGGUUGUUACAAUCACGCCCUCUGUGAAUGAUCAAGGAAAGCACAUCAGCUGCUUUGCGUCACACCAAACACUCCAGAGUGAUCGUCAGUGUAUUGUAUUCCUAAAUGUUCACGUUCUUCCAUCUAGCACGACAAUCUUUCAAUCUGGAAAUGGCAAAGACUACCGGACAUCACCAACAUUUAUUUAUGUUCAAGAAGGUUCUUCGGCUUCAAUCACCUGUCAAAGUAUUCGAUCACGACCGGCAGUUAAACUGACAUGGAGCAUUGACGACCCUGAUAUUCCUCCUAGAAAUGAAAGUCUGUCGAAGACUCGAAAUCCUGUAGACGGCAGUCUGUUUGAUACCAAAAGUACUUUCAAGUUGCAUCUGUAUAGGAAGUAUCAAGGGUUGAUUCUCUGGUGCUAUGUUUAUCUAGGUGAAGAUUUUGUCGAACGACAGUUUGUUACAAUAUCAACAUAUGCACCACCGGAUGAGGUCGUUAUGACUUUACCUGCUGAAUUAAAAGAAGGGAUAGAAGCCACCGUGAUCUGCAAGGUUGCCAAUGGGUACCCAGCUCCUUGCAUUUAUUGGUACAUAGGAUCAAGAAAUGUGACAGGUCAUUCAUCCCUGAAUAUUAGUGAAAAUGAUGCAGGUCGAUAUGACGCUGAAAGUACUUUGACUUUCAUACCAAAGAGGUUGGACCAUGGGAAACAUCUCCUAUGCCUGGCAGUUCUACCUACAUUAUCCACCACUUGGUCUGUGAAUGAUAGCAUGGUUUUAUACAUAACAGGUGCCUUGUUUUUCAGUAUCGUAUCAAUAUGAUUUUCGAUGUUUUCCAAUUACAUUUUUGAAGCAAGGAAGUCCAUAGAGUGAUGCAGAAUGUAAGGAUAUGUUUGUAACUUUUGUGUAGUAUCUUUC